AGCCUGCCACGCGCGUUGGCCCCACGGCGAAUAUGGAGAGUCCAACCCAUAGGAAUAUGCGGCUGCGAUUCUGUGGGUCAGCCGCAGGGCGUGUAGGGGGAAGGCUGGCGUGGCGCUGGCUCCCGGGACAUGGAGCCGCUGGCGCGGGGAUCGAUUGUCAGGUGGUUGCGGAGCCGAAUCCUUUUCUAAGAACUCAGGCACUCAGGUGUCCACCAUGGUGUUGGGUCCUGAACAGAAGAUACCAGAUGAAGAUGCUUCUGGAGACCAUGGAGACUCUGCCAGUCUUGGUGCCAUCAACCCUGCCUACAGUAACGCCUCAAUUCCGCAGUCCCCUGGGGCGGGCUCAGCGGACCCCUUCACCACCUACUUUGAUGAGAAGAUUGCCAUUCCUGAGGAGGAGUACUCUUGUUUUAGCUUUCGUAAACUCUGGGCCUUCACGGGACCAGGAUUUCUUAUGAGCAUUGCUUACCUGGAUCCAGGAAACAUUGAGUCUGAUUUGCAGUCUGGAGCAGUGGCUGGAUUUAAGUUGCUCUGGGUUCUUCUGUUGGCCACCAUCGUGGGGCUCCUGCUCCAGCGCCUUGCAGCUCGACUGGGAGUGGUCACUGGGUUGCAUCUGGCUGAAGUGUGCCACCGCCAGUAUCCCAGGGUUCCGCGAAUCAUCCUGUGGCUGAUGGUGGAGCUGGCUAUCAUUGGUUCAGACAUGCAGGAAGUUAUUGGCUCAGCUAUUGCCAUCAAUCUCCUGUCUUUAGGAAGGGUUCCUCUAUGGGGUGGAGUUCUCAUCACCAUUGCAGAUACUUUUGUAUUUCUCUUUUUGGACAAAUAUGGCUUGAGGAAGCUGGAAGCAUUUUUUGGUUUUCUCAUCACUAUUAUGGCCCUCACAUUUGGCUAUGAGUAUGUUACAGUGAAACCCAGCCAGACCCAGGUCCUCAAAGGCAUGUUCCUACCAUCCUGUUCAGGCUGUCGUACCCCACAGAUUGAGCAGGCUGUGGGCAUCGUGGGCGCUGUUAUCAUGCCACACAACAUGUACCUGCAUUCUGCCUUAGUUAAGUCCAGACAGGUGGACCGAGCCAGUAAGCAGGAAGUUCGAGAAGCGAAUAAGUACUUCUUCAUUGAGUCCUGCAUCGCGCUCUUUGUUUCCUUUAUCAUCAACGUCUUUGUCGUCUCCGUGUUUGCCGAAGCUUUUUUUGGGAAAACCAACGAGCAGGUGGUUGCAGUCUGUAAAAACAGCAGCAGUCCCCACACUCACCUUUUCCCAGAGGAUAACUCAACACUGGCUGUGGACAUCUACAAAGGGGGCGUUGUGCUGGGGUGUUACUUCGGGCCUGCCGCUCUCUACAUCUGGGCCGUGGGGAUCCUGGCUGCGGGGCAGAGCUCCACCAUGACAGGGACCUAUUCCGGCCAGUUUGUCAUGGAGGGAUUCCUGAACCUAAAGUGGUCACGCUUUGCCCGAGUGAUUCUGACCCGCUCUAUUGCCAUCAUCCCCACUCUGCUUGUGGCCGUCUUCCAAGACGUGGAGCAUCUAACAGGGAUGAAUGACUUCCUGAAUGUUCUUCAGAGCUUACAACUUCCCUUUGCUCUCAUACCCAUCCUCACGUUUACGAGCUUGCGGCCUGUGAUGAGUGAAUUUGCCAAUGGAUUAGGCUGGAGGAUUGCAGGCGGUAUCCUGGUCUUUAUCGUCUGUUGCAUCAACAUGUACUUUGUCGUGGUUUAUGUGCAGGAUCUAGGGCAUGUGGCAUUGUACGUGGUGGCUGCAGUGGUCAGCGUAGCUUAUCUGAGCUUUGUGUUUUACUUGGGUUGGCAGUGUUUGAUUGCACUGGGCAUGUCCUUCCUGGACUGUGGGCACACGUACCAUCUGGGAUUGACAGUUCAACCUGAACUCUACCUUCUGAACACCAUGGAUGCUGACUCACUUGUGUCUAGAUGACUGACAGCCUGAGGGACUCUAUAAGACCCACUUUCUCUUAGUCCUUUUGUGCCAAGUGUCCUGUUAACAUAUCUGUUUGUUCAGUGGUGAGUUUUGUUCAAACGUUUUGAACAAAAGGUAAAAAUUUCCUCAUGGGAAGGGUAUUAAAGCUGACAGCUGUUAAGUGUAGGUCAGAGACCCACCCACCUCACAAGAGUCCUACAACUGCCAGAGUUAAAUGAUUAGCCUGUGAUGGCCACACACCCCUAUGGGCUUGUGUCUGGACUUUUGGAAUUUUAAAAAUAUAUCUGUGUGUCUCUUUAUGUAAACCUGAACUUACUGGUUUGGGUAGAGUUUUAUAUAAAAAUGAUAUUUUGUAUUUUUUAAACAAAUUUGUUCAGAUUAAAUCAUAUUUAUUUUGUCUAAAUCACAUGUAACAAAGGAAGAAGAGCACUGCUCUUUUUCAGAAUGAACUGGUCAAAUAGACUGACUUUUAAAGUGAUACUUGACUGUGGCCAGUUAAACUUGACUUGGAUUCAAUCAACCAACCCUUGGUAACUGCUGGUACUAGCACAUCAUUUCCAAAAGAAGACAUUUCUUUUAUGUCUUAUUUCAUCCUGGUUGUUGGUGUGCUCUGUGAUUAUUAUUUUUCUCUAUUGUUGUUUUUCUUGAUUUUUUUUUUCAGAGAUAUGAUAGUAUUUUCCAGAGAGCUUACUACCUAGUAACAAUAUCCAGAAAUCAUACUUUAAUCAAUAAUCAGUUUUCCAUGCUGCAUUGUAACUCAGCCCAUUCUAGCAUUUUAGGUAUAAAAAGAAUUCUAACAUUGAACUUUAUAAAGCCCAACAUAAGAUAAUGGAGGUAUUAGUUUUGUUUCUAAUGUGUGUAUAGUCCUACCAUGUCUUGUCUUCCCGCUUUUCCCAUUAAUACUCCAGACACCAUUUCUAGGCCAAAGUCUAUUUCCUGGAGUGGCUGAUGUUUCUACUGCUGACUCUCCUAGGGAAUGCUAAGCAUUUUAAGUUUAUUUAUACCAAGUAGUAUGAGAUCAGACCUACACUGGGACUUGGAAGAUUGGUCCACAUGUCAUACACUGCCUGCGCACGUAUGGGUUAUAGAUUUUUUUUGACUCUGCUUCCUAACCAGAAUUUUUUUCCAUAACAUUUUUAUAAGAAAACAUUUAAUACUUAAAACUUGCUGCAGAAAGUUUCUGCAUAUUGAUCUGAUUGAAAAGUCAGAACCUUUUCAACACCAGCCUCACACCUCUUCAUGAAAGUGCAGUUGGCUUACGCUGAAUGGCAGCUAUCCAUUUUUAAUGGAAUACAGUCCGUGCCUUCGCUCCUUUUCUUCCAGCCCCAAAGGCUUUGCGUUUGGAAACCCUGCAGGCUUUGUAUCUUAGAGCAUCAUUUUCCUCUUUCAGCAUAAACCUUGCUGCCUUACUUUAAAACUUUGCACAUUUCAAUAAGCCUUUAAAAAAAAAUCCAGACAUUGCCUUUGUCAUUUGUAAUGAUUUGAUCCUGUAAGUGGCACGGAUUUUUUUCUGAUUCUUAAAAUUCCCUCAUUUCUAAUUUGUGACCCUUGAAACUUCUGAUAAGAGCAAUAGCCUUGCAACCCACGUUAGAGACCUUCUGAUCUUAAAAGUAAAACUGAAUUAACCUCAUUUAUCAGCUUUUAUUUGAAAAAGAGACUUAAAAAAUGAGUUUCAGUGUUUUGGUUUGUUUAUACAGAGACACCAACUCUAUAUGAAUCAGUUUGUUGCAUUUUUUUCUCCCUCCCUGGGCAGUUCCAUUUCUCAGUCGUUUCAUUACCAGAGGAUGUUUGGGGAAA